ACGAACCCCUAGCUCCAGAUCCGCACCCCGCCGCUCUCACCCUCGUCUCCCACAUCGCCGCCGCCACCCACGCCGAUCCCAUCCCUCCCCUUGUCUCCCUCCCAAACCUUGCCGCCGGCGGCCUCUCCCCCUCCUCUCCUCUCCCCCACCUCAGGCGGAGCCCCCCACCUAUCCAUCUCUCUCCAGCGACCCCUCUCUCUCCCCUGGGACUCAUCUUCGCCGCUAGGGUUUGCGGUGGCUUUGCCCCACGCUCGCCACGUCUCUCCGGCAACCAGGACACAACGACGUCGACGGGAUCUGAUGGGUGCGUUGCUCCGGCGCUGUUCCGGUGAUCCGAACGACGCCUUCGCGCGCGGGACGGGUGGGUUCCAGCGCGGCCGCGUGGUGCACGGCAUGCUCGUCGCCUCCCUCUUCCCCGCCCUCAUCACCUCCCACGCCCCUGGUGCCAUGUACGCGAGCCAGUCCCUCAAGUUCGCGGCGCCCGUGCACGUCAGAGACGAGGUGGUCGCGCAGGUGCAGGCGCUGCACAUCAAGGCAACCGGCGCAAGGCACAUACUCGCGGUGAAGAAGAGAAAGCCGAGGACUCCAACAAGCUUAGGUGCCCCUGAGUGCCUUCUUAGUCUUCAUGGACAGCUUCAGGAAGGACUCCAACAUCAAGCAGGUCUCCAUGGUUGGCAAGGCCGGUGGUGAGAAGUGGAAGUGUCUUGAGUGAUGCUAAGGAGAAGUCUCCCUAUGUUGCGAAGGUUGAGAUGCUUAAGGCCGAGUACACCAAGAAGAUCGAUGCUUACAACUACCCAUAGGCAGGAGAAGCGUCGAGCAAAUCUGACAAGUCCAAGUCUGAGGUGAGCGACAAGGACGACGUCAACGAGGGUGGCUAAUGAUGCGGCACACCAAGCAGAAAUGGGGGAAGGGGGUCUUUGGAAUGUCGCUGUUGCCGCUUAUUGCUGAAGUCACCAAUUUAUGAUGGAUGGUCAUUGUUAGUUUAGCUCCUUGGUAGUCCCUCUUUCAAGCGGCUGUAGCUGGUAGAAAUGGUAGCUACUGUGUCCCAUGCCGUUCAUGUUCUCAGACUACCCUUUGUUGCUUCAUUUUGAUGUCAAUUUAGUCUCCGUUGAGUGUACCUACUGUGUGCUCGUGGCUGUUUCAAAAGUCCUUCCAUGUUGAAAGAAAUAAAAUGCUCUCAAUACUUGUUCGAA